UUUCUUUUUUUUGUUUCUUCUUCCUUUGAUUUUGUAGAUUUUUUUUUGGCGGUUUUGAAUCAAAGGAAGGAGGAAAUUAGGAGGAGAAGGAGGAGGAGGAGGAGAGAGAGGAAGGCGUGUGCAUUUCUCUCUCUUCUUUUGUAAGCAAAUUAGGGUUUGGAUAGCGGAAUUGAAGACGAACAAGGUGAAGAUGAAUAUGAUGCGUCGGCUCAAGAGCAUUGCAUCGGGCCGGAGCUCCGUUUCGUCCGACCCGGGUGGUGAUUCCAGCUCAAAGAGAUCAAAGUUUGAUCAACAAACUGAAAAGAAGGUUAUUGGACAGUCAAAUGGUGUUGAGAGAAGUGCCACUGAUCAGAAUACAAAAUCAACAUCAAUGGAAUCUGCUGCAAGCACGUCCAGUGCGUCUUCCAUAGCUAAGAUAGAGGCCAAAGAAGAAAAAUCAACUGUUGAUCAACUCCCAAAAGAUAUGCAUCAAAUGAAAAUCAGAGAUGUCCACAACCAUGAUGAAAAGGAUAUGGAAGAAACUAUCAUAAGUGGUAAUGGAACGGAGACAGGCCAUAUCAUUGCUACGACAGUAGGCGGUCGAAAUGGACAGCCUAAACAGACAAUCUCUUAUAUGGCAGAGUGCGUAGUUGGCACUGGUUCUUUUGGAGUCGUCUUUCAGGCCAAGUGUCUGGAAACAGGUGAAGCAGUUGCAAUAAAAAAGGUGCUGCAGGAUAAAAGAUAUAAAAAUAGGGAACUUCAGAUCAUGCGCUUACUGGACCAUUCCAAUGUUGUUCAAUUGAAGCAUUGUUUCUUUUCAACUACUGAAAAGGACGAGCUGUACCUUAACCUUGUCCUUGAGUAUAUAUCUGAGACUGUUUACAGAGUGUCAAAGCAUUAUGUCCGGAUGAACCAACAUAUUCCCAUUAUUUAUGUGCAGUUGUACACGUACCAGAUUUGUCGGGCGUUAAAUUACUUGCACCACGUUGUUGGUGUGUGUCAUCGUGAUAUUAAGCCACAGAAUUUGCUGGUUAAUCCCCACACUCAUCAGCUUAAGAUAUGUGAUUUUGGGAGUGCAAAGAUGCUGGUACCAGGUGAAGCCAACAUAUCAUAUAUUUGCUCGCGAUAUUAUAGAGCUCCAGAACUCAUAUUCGGGGCAACAGAAUAUACAACUGCAAUUGAUAUGUGGUCUGUUGGUUGCGUAUUUGCUGAACUUCUUCUUGGGCAGCCACUGUUUCCUGGGGAGAGUGGUGUUGAUCAGCUGGUGGAAAUCAUAAAGAUUCUUGGAACACCAACCAGAGAAGAAAUUAAGUGCAUGAAUCCAAACUAUACUGAGUUCAAGUUUCCUCAAAUUAAAGCUCAUCCUUGGCAUAAGAUAUUCCAUAAGCGAAUGCCCCCUGAAGCUGUGGAUCUUGUGUCAAGGCUGCUCCAGUAUUCACCAAAUCUGCGUUGCACUGCUUUAGAGGCUUGUGCGCACCCUUUCUUUGAUGAUUUGAGAGACCCAAAUGUAAGCUUGCCUAAUGGACGGGCAGUACCUCCUUUGUUCGAUUUCACAGCUCAAGAAUUGGCCGGUGCAUCCACUGAACUCAGACAUCGUCUCAUCCCUGAGCAUGCAAGGAAUUAAUUACUGGACCUAGGGGUUUCGCAUAUCUCCAUGAUGUAAAUGCAUUUUUGAUUGAUUGGAUGCUCUCGAGCCGUGCUACCUGUACCAUUUUGCAAAUUACGACAGGAGUAGUGGAGAUAAGCUCCUGCAGGGUGUUUGCACAGACAGACAGACGGAGGAUGGGGCUGCGGGGCUGAUUGGCAACCAGAUUCUAACACUUCAGUUUUAAAUUGUAUUGAUGUACGCC